AUGCGAGCAAGGCGGGGAUACUGGGGUCUAUGUCUCUGUGUGGCGGGUGGUCUCCUCCCGAGGAGCCGGGCCGGCCGUGGCUAUGACCGGCCGGCCUCCUCCAGCAUCCAUUGUCCAGUAGACCUCCAGAGCGCGCUUGGACCUCGCCACUUCGCCCGGUGCCCUCUCCCAAUCGACGAAACGGUACCUGAGGAGCCUGCGCUCUGGUCGCCCUGGACACAUAGCCCAGCAUGCGUCAAUGGCACCAACGCCGAAGAGACUAGAUACUGCGUAUAUACAAACUCACGGCACGGGGAGUUUGGUGUCAGCAUCGUCACUACUCCGGAGACUGCGGCCAAUAGCAUCUACGUGCUCAACGAGCCCAGUCUGUCUCUGCCUGUCUACGGCGGCCAUAACGCGAGCAAGACUGGGGAGCUGCCUUAUGAGAUAGUCGACAUCCCUGGGAAGGGAAAAGGGGUCAUCGCUCGGCGGCGGAUCACCGCUUUCGAAACUCUCAUGACGGACUAUGCCUCUUUGCUGGUCGACAUGAGCUUCCCAGAGGCUAUUCCGCGGAAGAUCGGUUAUGAUCUCCUGGAUCUCGCCGCCGCCCAGCUUGCGGACCCAUCGAGAGUGCUCGACCUCGGACGCAGCACCAAGCAGGCCAUGAACGCCGUCGAGGACGUCUUGCGGACGAAUGCAUUUCAUACACCGCUCGCGGGGGAGCCGCACAUGGGCUUAUACUCUAAUCUUUCGAGGUGGGAGUUCAACUGCUCCUGCAGCCUCUGCGCGGCACCAGACGCACUAAAGGAGCUAUCGGACCGGCGCAGGAUCCGCAUCGGAAGGCUGAGGGAGGCCGUGCUCAAAGCCUACAAGGACGGUGAUGCCAGGAAGGCGAUUGCCGACACGCACGAGAUCCUUGAGCUGAUGCAGGCCGAAGAACUCCUACCGCUCUACAGCGAGCAGUACGACAACCUGGCCCGCAUCCACUGGGUUAUCAAGGAGCGGGACACGGCGAUCAAGUAUGCGCAAAAGGCGCUCGACCUACUUGCGCAGCAGGGCUACAUCGAGCCUCAUCCCCGGAAUCUGGAGGCCCUAAUCUCAACAUUCGAGGGUUAG